GGGUCAGGGAAAGCGAGACGGAGCCCAGCGCGGCCAAGGGCCAGGGGGGAGCUGCGCGGACACUGGCCGCGCGUCACAGCCGAGUCGUGGCUGCAGGCCAGGGGCCAGGACGGCGGGGGAGGCAGAGCUAAGCAAGCUGUACGGGCAGGACACCAAGGCCAACCUAAUCUUCCCAGGGCACACAGGAGGGUCCGGCAGGCUGCCCAUCCACGUCCCGUGUGGCUUUGUGUGCCCUGCGGGGUCCCCGUCAGCCCGUCCUGUUAGCUGAGGCUGCACAGUUCCAAACUAGUCAUAGUUCAGCAUAUUUUUUUAAGCAUUUAUUUGAAAGGAGACAGAUCUUCCAUCUGUUGCUUCACUCCCCAAGUGGUCACGAUGGCCAGGGCUGGACCAGGCGGUUCCAAGAGCUUCAUUUGGGCCUCCAGGCAGGUGGCAGGGGCCAACCCCCUUGGGUCAUCUUCCAGUGCUUUCCCAGGCCACCAGCAGGGAGCUGGAUGGGAAGUGGGGCAGCCACGUGGGAUGCCAGCAUCCCAGGUGGAGGCCCCACCCGCCUCGGCGGAGCUCCCCUUGUGCCAGGCCCAGAGCCCAGCUGAGUCUAGAUGGGACCAGGGCCCAGAGACCUCACGUCCACCCAGCAGAGGCGUCCUGGCCAGGCCGGGCUGCGCCCCAGGUCCACAAGUGCACUGCUGCUCCGGCACUCAGCCCUCCCGGGCCAGGUGUCGAGAGAGCAGGGGCCAUCUUGGCUCCGGCCUGGACAUCAGAUAUGGAGCUCGGGAGGAGGCGCUGGGGUCAUGAGGGGAGGGGUACGCUCCCUGAGGUUUCUCUGGCGACUCCUCCAAGGGGCUGCAGACAAUCGGCCAUUGUCAGCGAGGCUGUGGCAUGGAGCAAGGGAGCGGGCCUGCCGGGGUGAGCUGCUCCCACCACCCCCGGGGCCUGCCGCGCCACAGCCCCUGCCCUCCCGAGCAAACCGCGCCCUGGUCUCUAACGCCAGCGUGCCUCCAGGUGGAGACCGUGCCCCAGCACCGGGGCUGGAGGGCUGCGGGCCUGCUGCUGUUGCUGGCCCUGGCCACCGUGGGAGCUGUGGCCGGGGGGCUCCUGGGCUUUGCCCACACUUCACCAGAGCCACUGCAGCAGGUGCUCCGCCUGACCCUCCCGAGCCCCCUGCCCAGGGCCAACCAAACCACCCUGGCAGACGCAGCCCGGAACGCAGCCACCAUCGUGGUGACGCCCCCGCAGAGCAACAGGAGCUGGGCCGUGCUGUUCGACGGGCAGAGUGGUUGCGUGUGUUACCGCCCCUCGGAGCACGGGGCCUGCUUCCUCCGCCUGAUGGAGGCUCGAGACCGGGAGACCCUGCAGCUGCUGCUGAACACGUCGGCCCAGGGGUCUUGCAGCCCCGGCCAGGACACCCACCGCAGCCAGGAGCUGCUGGCCGUGCUCGGGAGCCGUGCAGUGGACCCCACCCAGGUUGGGGCUGCGGUGCAGCGCCUCUGUGCAGAGACCCCCAUCUACUGGGCCCGGCGGGCAGAGGGUGAGUCGGCACGCGCUGUGCGUGGAGGGGCCGUGGCCGGGCCGGGCCGGCCGGGCCCUCGGGACUCACGAGCCCCUCCCCCCAGGGCCCCAGAGGCAGCGGCUGAUCUACCUUUGCAUGGACAUCUGCUUCCCAAGCCACAUCUGCGUGUCCGUCUGCUUUUAUUAUCUCCCGGACUAAGCCCCUGGCCUGGCCAGCCCGGCCCCCGCCCCACGGGCCGCCGGCACCUCCCACCACGGAGGCCGCCUGGAACGCACCAAUAA